ACAGUAUUACUAUGAAAUAUUUAGCGAUAAAUUUAUUCUGAGCUGAUCUGACAUUAUGCUAUUUAACAUCAAAGUUUUUUCAAUGGUCCAUAAUCAAGCCUAGAGAGAAAUAAAAAUAACCAAAAUAUUAAAUGAUUUAGUUUAAUGUAAUUAAACAAUUUAUCAGCAUUUUGUUCAAAUUCUCUCUUCAUGCAGGUUGGUAGCUUCCUGCGUUAUUAUUGUCACUCUGAAGCAAUCAUGUCUGUUUCCUGUUGCAGAGACAGGAUGUGGCCAUGUAUACAAAAAAUGAUUUUCAGCUUCCUGAAAGAAAUAAAAUUUUGCUGUGUUCCUACAACGUUAAGCAGGUUAACAGUUUCCUUUUUAGUUCCUGUUCAUCCACCAACCAUGAGUGACCCAACAAGUGACCAACUCCAGAAACUGAUUUCUGAGAUGAAAAUACGGAGAUUGAGGCUGUUAACAGUUUCAUUUUUAGUUCCUGUUCAUCCACCAACCAUGAGUGACCCAACAAGUGACCAACUCCAGAAAAUGGUUUCUGAGAUGAAAAUACAGAGUUGGACGCUGCAGGACAUCUACAGAGAUGUUCAAGUUUCACAAGGAACAAGGAUCUCUGAAGAAAAGAACCGACUGAUGAAGCUCGCAGAGAGAAAUUGUUCAAAUCUAGUCGUUUUGAAGUGGCUGAGAGAAAACUCCUUCACCAAACUGGUGGAGAUGUUCAACUUCUUCAAAAAACACAUAGAUGAGGAAGAGAAGAAGAAUCACAGUGACACUGUGGACAUCACCUUCAUGGCUCAUGGAUCAAUCAGAGACUUCAUGAUCCCAGCCAGCUGCCUGCUGCCUCUGGCCUCCAUCAGAGACGUGGUUCUUUAUGCUCCCUGGAACUGUGUCACCAGUGGUUUAGCAUAUGCUGUCGCCACAGGACGACUGAAACCUCAGCACAGAGUCUUCUGCUGCUCCAAGAAGGAUGGAUGUUCAGUUCCUGAUGAAAAACAUCGACCUGUGAAACUACCGGACCGCUGGAACUCAAUGAAACAGGCUGGAGACCAGAUGAUCCCAAACAUCACAGUUAGUCCUCUAAAACCAGACGAUGGUGUUUGGAAAAGAUUUGAGUCUCUCACCAAAAAACACGGCCCUGUUGGGAGAAACCGGAUCGUCAUUCCCUUCAUUCUCCCAGCAAAAGAAUCAGACAGCGUCCCGUUCUCUGUGGUCACCUUGGCCCUGUCUCUGGUUCUGCUGCAGUCCAGGUUCAAAGCCACCGUCCACCUAAACGCCUGUCUGACUGACCACUCUAUUGGACAGAAGUUUGACAGAAAAUAUCUGGAGAAGCAGUACGCCUGUGCUCCUGAUGAUACUCUAAUGGAAGGUUCUAGUGACAUCUUCAGGGUAGCAUAGAUAGAAAAGAUUAUGAAUAUGUUAUAUUAGCAGUUUAUUUUGGUAAAAAUGUGUUCUGCCAAUCUAAAUGUGUAAAUUAUAAUAUCUACAUGAAGCUCCUCCCUCAGGUACCAGAUUUCUGGGUUUUAUAGUUAUUAGUUUGUAUUAAAAUUACAUCAAAUGUUCUCAUAUUAUAUAUGUAUAUACCAUAUAACUGUAUAUACCAAGACAACUGGAGCAUUAAAAAUAUAUUUUGUUAAUUGGCUUCACAUCCUGCUUUCACACGUCACAGCUAAAUGGUAAUGCUGCAGAAAACCAUUUUCUUCCAAUCCACAGCUGGUCAGCCCAAUUCUGAUGUUAGAAAGUCAACAGACUCUCAUGUGAUUCUGUGUUGAAUCUUAUAAGACAACUGUUUGUGAUUUUCUAAUAGUUUGUAAAUCAAUCACACAUUUGGGAAAGGGAGGGACUUUGUGCCUCUAUAUAUAUGCUGUAAUUCCUGUCAAUAAAUGAGAAAUUUGCAUCUUG